AAAACCCGUUACUCCCCACUCCCACCCUUCUUGAUGGCGGCGGUGGUGGCUGGGCCCGGCAGGUGGCAAGCGGCAACAUCUUCCUCCUGCCCUUGUCCGACUAAAGUCACUUAAUAUUUACCUCAGAGGUGGCGCCUUCUGCCCUGCUCGGGAAGUUGGGGGCGGGCAGUAAGAGGUUGGCGGGAAAAGGGAGGGGGAGCGGCGAAGCGCGGAUGCUGCGUGAGACCAGGGAAGAAAAAGAAUAAAAUUACCUCGGGGGGAAGGGGAGAGCUGCAGGAUUAUUUGCGGGGCACAACAGCCCUUGUAGGAGAAAAGGAAUUGGAGGGGAUAUGGGAGAAAAGCCGGGGGAUAGGAAGACCGCGAAGGUUGUAGGGGAGGGGGCUGUCAUUGAGGUUGGAGGCCCGAGUGGAUCGAUGGGCGCUGUGGGAAAGAGGGACACCGCAGCGCUCAUGGAUCCCCCAGGGGCUGAGGGCACUGAAAGGGUUGAGGAGGAGGCGGGGGUGCGGGUUGGGGGUGCAGGCACCCUUGGAGAUAGGAGCAGGGAAGGGGCAGGGGGCAUAGAAGGGCCAUCGGGUAUCCCAGGUGGGGCAGGUCCCCCAAGUCAGGAGUCCUGGAUCCAGAGGGCAUUUGAGCAAGUGUUCACGGCUUCCCACCUGAGGGUUUCUUUCCCGGCAAGUCAGCCGGUGACUGUGCUGUCCCUGGAGAGGUACAUGGUUGGUGGCUCACCUCCCAGCACAGCAUCUAAGCCACCCGCUACUAGCGCUGCCUUUCCUGCCCAAGCUGCUCCCUGGCAAACCUACUACUAUGACGUGACUGUCACGGAUGGUGUGUACCAGGAGAAAUGCCACCUGGCCCCCAAGUUGAACUGCUUAGUACACAAAAACGCCCUUCGCUGUGGCCUACAGGUGAAAAUCACACAGUGUUCUUACAUGUACAAUGAGAAGAAAAUUUGUUAUGGAUUUCUGUGCAUCGAACAGCUCGAAAUCCUUAGGGUAACAGAUGGCAGUGAUGCUCCCCAAGAGCAGAAAGAAUACAGUGAAAAACCAACAACACCACUGAAGGGAGGCAAAAAGCAUUAUCUUCCUUUGUGGAAUAAUGAAGAUCCAUAUGGGGACAUAUGGGUAGAAAAGAAGGUUUCACAGGAUGUCUGUGUGGAUGAAUCCAAACUAACAUCUCUCUUUCAUCUGGAGAUGAAUUGGAGAACCAAAAUCAACUUCCAGCCUUUACUUGUUAGAAUCAUGCAUAAAGCAAGAUUAAGAUACUAUGGGAAACCUGACACAAAACUUGAUAUGCCAUAUCAGGCCUAUUUUGAAGUUGCUGAUCAUUCUGGUAUGAUGUCGAUGGUGCUGUGGAAUUCCUUAUGCCCUGAAUGGUAUAAUAGUAUGAAGAUUGGCACAGUGCUGCUGCUUGAACAAUAUGCUAUUAAAACGAGUUACCCUUUUAAAACACAACCAACUCCUGGAGAUUUGCACAUGAAAAGAUUCUCUUCAAUAGAAAUCACUUUGAAUGUUCGAGACCCUCCAACUAAAAUUAACAUCAUUCCAGAAAAUAAAGUUAAAGCAGAAUGGAAGUUGCCUGAAGUUAAAUAUCGAUUUAUAACAAGGUCAGAACUCAGUAACAUACCAAAUGCUUAUUCCUGUGAUAUUAUUGGACUUGUGCAAUAUGUAGGAAGAACUGAACGCACAAGAAAAAGAGAUCAUGGGGAAGACUUUUGGAUCCAACGUUGGGUGCAUGUUGUUGAUGGGACCUCAGAGUUGCCUUUCAUUCUGGAAUUGUUUGCCACAUCUCAGCCAGAUAUAUUUGAACAAAUACAUCCAAUGACAUACUUGGUAUGUACACAGAUGAGGGUGAUACGAGAUACCACUGCGAACGGCUCCUGUAUAACUUACCUGACAACUUCUAAUGAAAGUCAAAUGUUUAUUACAGGGUGGCACAAAGGCCAGCCAUAUACUAAAGAUGCCAAAGUGAAAAGCUUUAUCCAGUGGAUUAAAACUCAGAAAGAAGCUUCUCAUAUGGAGAAAACUACUGUUGGUGGAUAUUAUCCUUUCCCACCUGUCCCAGACACUUUUAUGAAGUAUUGUAAAAAUAGUAAAGUUGAAUCAGUUUUGACAACCAUCAGUGAAAUGGAGAAGGAGAUUGAAAGCCUACACUACAGGGAGCACAAACGCAUUGCUAUUCAGGGGAUUAUUAGUGCUAUAAGAUAUGUCAGCUGUAGCGAUACAUCUGAAGGUGCCUCAGGAGUAGAACCAAUGCAGAUCAACAAAAGGCCAUCAUUUCAGACUACUGUGUCGGAAUAUGACCAUGUUGAGGAAGGAACAAGAAAGCACCAGCAAGCCAAAAAAACAAGUUCUGUGCAGCUGUCACCAUCAUCUGUGCAGCAGCAGCAGCAACACAGAGUAACCAGAAAGCAUCAAGCAAAAAGAAAGAUUGAGACUGUGGAGACAAGAGGCCCUCCUCCUGAACAUUCAUAUUUCACAAGAUCAGCAAGCAAGAAAAUAAUGUUGUAUGAAUUUUUGCAAGAAAAUUCUCACACAAGAAAAGAAAGUCAAGAAGUGAUGGAAGCAACACAACCCUGUAGAACAGGUAACAAAGAAAUAGCUGAUGUGUCGGAAAGAGUUCAAACAGAGAAGAUGUGUCAUAAUUCCUGGGAAAGUGGUCUCUGGACUGUGGUAAAAGACAACUUAACACAGCACUUGCAAUAUAGCAAUGUUUUCCCAGAAAGUUUUCCUUGUAAAUUUAAUUACAUGCAUAAAGAAUUGCUUAUGCAACAAUAUAAUCUUCAGGCAGCCAAAUUCAAACCAAAAGAAUGCACAGCAAAUGGAGAAAUGAAUCACUUUGAAAAUGCCUGUCCCCUUGAAUACUAUGAAGUAGCUAUUCUUGGCAUAAAUCAUGAUACAGCUGUAGAUGUUGCCUUCCUGCCUGUAUGUUGUCCUGAAGAUUCCCAUUUAUUUCGAGCAGAAGAUUUACCAAAUGAUCCAGUGUUGUCUUACACAAGCGGUAUCUCAUGUCAACGGGAGAUCAUUAACAAAGAAGGGCUUUCUGAGAUAUGUUCGCUUUCCGAUGAAGUUGUAAAAGCAGCUACUGACCUGGAAAAACAACAUGUCAUCUGUAUCCUGGAUAUCUGUUCUUUGGGUGAAGAUAAAAUUGAAGUCUUUCUUAACAAAGUGUAUAAAAUAACAGACAUUGAUGUAACAAAUCGGACAUAAUUUAAUACAUUAGGUUUGUGGUGUUAAACUGAGGAGAGGAAUAAACUUGCAACACAGCAUCUUUAUCCUGCCAUUGUUCCAGCAGAAGAACUUGGAUAUUCAGCAAUUACAUUGUAAAGGAUGGUUCCUGGCCCUUUGUCCCUGAGAGCAUACUUUCCUGUGAAGAGUAUAUUGGCACACAUUGCAUCCUCAGUUCAGUUGUGGGGUGCUACAAGUAUUGUUCCUUAACCUUGACUUGAGAUGACAAAAGAAAAACAGCAAAUAUAUCAAGUGGUCAGAUCUUGCUCUGUGUUGAUGGAAACAGAGCAUGUCUAGAAGAUAAUGUCGCAUCAACACCACUCAUUAACAAUCAAUAGAAGGAUAGAGGGAGAGGCAAAGGAAGUAGGAAUGGACCACAGAGAUGGUCCUGCUUCCUGGAGACGGCUAUUAGUACCUAAAUGGAAGACUGCACCACACUUUGCUGUGCCAAUCAGUCACAGUUACACUGUCGGCUGAUCUUUAUCAAGAGCUACACUACCUGGAGACUUAAUGUAAAGGUGGUACAGGCAUACCCCGCUUUAACAUACGCAAUGGGACCAGAGCAUGUAUGUAAAGUGAAAAUGUACUCAAACUGAAGCAAUCAAUGCAUGUAUUGCACUGCAAUCGCCACUAGAUGGCAGCGGCGUCAUGCCAUUAAGUGUCCGUAAUUGUGAAGCACGUGUACGUUAAGCGGGGUAUGGUGGCAUAUGGAGCAUGUAUGUUACAGCGAGGCGACGUUAAGUGAAGUGACGUUAAGCGGGGUAUGCCUGUAUAUAAAUGUUGAAAGAAUAAAUACAGUAAAUAAGUUGCUCUGCACCCAAAAAUUGCCAGCUUUGAACAAAUCAUCAUUUUAAAAUUCAAAUGAGAAAUAGUAAUGUUGCUUCUUGUAGAAAAAGAAAUGGUGUUGCCCUUGGAACAGAAAUAGUAUCCUAGGCAGAUAUGGGGAAUCCUCAGUCUUCUCCAUUUCUGUCUGGACCCUUGCAACUCCUGUAGAACCCUAAUAAUGAUCUUUAUAAGAAGGCCUUGUCAGCUAAAUGUAUUCAUAGGGACCCCAACAGAGAGGAGAGGAAGAAAGUGGAAAGGAGCUAUGUGCUGUCAGAAGGGCUCCAUACAGCUGAAAGUACAAAGGAAGAGGAAAAAUUUGUAUGUGUAUUUAAGAGUUUGGAAAAGUUUAGCUAUUUGUUCCAAGUAAUUCUUCCCAGACUUUGUAUCUAGCAUUGCACUGUAGCUGUGAUACUGAAAUAUCAUUGAUACUUUGACUUCGAAACUGCCCACAUGAUGUAUUAUUUUUGGAUAUUUAUUUUUUCUGUUCUUUUCUAUGUUCAAUAAAAAUGCAGCAUUGACAGUUUUGAACAGGCAAAAGCAAAGUAGAAUGUGUGUGUGUGUCUUUCUGUGUGUCCAUGCACAGAGACACUGCUUAGUUGAAAUAGUCUUGUAUGUUAUGAGUGAAAGAAUUAAAUUUCAAGCUAGCACUUGAGGUUGAGGAGGAGUUGCUACAGUACAAUAGAUUGGACAGCUUGGGAAAUCUCAGCAGGAGCAAUUCCUCUGAGGUGCCAGUGUUUUGAGUAGAAGCAACAUGCUGUCACCUUUCCUUAGGCACUUCUUCCUUGUGAGUACACUCCAUGAGGC